AUGUCUUCAAUUUUUUAUCCAGCUACAAUAAUCUAUCUUUCAAAUCAUCAUCAACAACAACAUGAAUCAACGAAAAAUCAACAAUUUAAAUGUACGGAAAAAAAUUGCCCAUAUGGACCAUCUGGAUCGAAAAUAUUUAAAAAAGAAAUUUUUCUACAAAAUCAUAUGAAAAAUAUUCAUGGUGAAAAAAAACUAAAAUGUUCAAAAUGUAAUCAAAAAUUUGGAUUAGAAUUUCAACUGAAAUAUCAUGAAAAAUAUUGUGGUCAACAAUUAACAUGUGCAACAUGUAGAAAAUGUUAUGAUAAACCAACAUCAUUAUGGAUGCAUUGUAAACGUUUAGGUCAUUGUUUACCUGAUAAUAAUAAUGAUCAAAAUUUUAAAUUUCGUAAAUCAAUAUCUGAACAGCCACCACCGUCAUCAUCCGAAUUCACGAAAUGUUCAAAUGUUAUUCUUGUUCCAAUGCUAACGACAACAACCAUUCCUGAAACAUGUGAUAUUUCUAAUAACCAUAAUUCUGAUUCUAAUAUGAUGAAAAUUCCAUAUAAAAAUGAUGGAAACAAAUUUAUAUUGCCAAAAAAUUCUGUUGAUAAUUCAAAACAAAAUCAAUCAUCAAUGAAUAAUAAUGUUCAUAAUAAUAAUAAGUGUGCCAAGAAUGAAUCGAAUACUAAACCAAAAUUAAAACGUAGUACAGAAUGUCAAACAAUUCGAAAACGUCAUCGAAGAACGUCACGUCCAAUCGAAUCGAAUAGUAUUCAAACACAAACAAUGCAUUCAUCGUUUGAUUUACCUUCGGUUAUGAUCAAUCAUCGUGAUUAUACCAAUAAUGAUAAUGAUAAUAAUGAUUGUCAACAGAAAAUAUUUCCAUUAAAUUUCGAAUCAAAUCGUACGAAUAUUGUUAAAAAUUGUUCAAAAACUUCAACAUUUACACAGACAUUAUUUGAUGAUGAAAUUGAAUCGGACAUCAAUACAUCAAUAAUACAACAUCAUGAUGAUCCAUUUAUGAUCAAAUCAAUGAUGAUUGAAGAUGAUGAUGAUGAUCGUCAACAGGCUACUGAUGUCAAUACAAAUAAUGAUAAUGAUGUUGUUGAAACAAACAAUGACCAGAAAUAA